CGCUCGAUACCUCCUCAACUCAUCCUCUCACUCGCCUACUGCCGGUACUACUGCUGCUGCUGCUGCUAGCUAGCCUGGACAUUUUUUUGAGCAGAAGAGGGGCAGCUAGCGUAGACAUGAAGAGCAGGAAGAGCUACGGGCAGCAGCAGAGCCACCUGCUGAGCCCGGUGGGCAGCCCGUCGUCGGACAACGGCGGGGGCGACUCGCCGGCCAAGGAGCAGGACCGGUUCCUCCCGAUCGCCAACGUUAGCCGCAUCAUGAAGCGCUCCCUCCCGGCCAACGCCAAGAUCUCCAAGGAGGCCAAGGAGACGGUGCAGGAGUGCGUGUCCGAGUUCAUCAGCUUCGUCACCGGCGAGGCCUCCGACAAGUGCCAGCGGGAGAAGCGCAAGACCAUCAACGGCGACGACCUGCUCUGGGCCAUGACCACGCUCGGCUUCGAGGUCUACGUCGCGCCGCUCAAGGCCUACCUCAACCGCUACCGCGAGGUCGAGGGCGAGAAGGCCGCCGUGGUCGGCGGCUCGCGGCUCGGCGACGACGACGCGCAUUCCUCCCUCUCUGCCGCCGGCGACGCCCUGGCGCCGCAGUACACGCACGGGGCUGGCGACCGCGGCGUCCAGGACGGCGACUUGGGCGGCCACGACGCGCACGUCGGGCUCAUGAUGGGCGUCAACAUGGGGUUCAACCCCGGGACCGGGACAACGUUCUACGCGGCGCCGGGUGCGGCGCAUGGACGGAGGGCGUACGGCGGCGGGGAGGGUGCAAGGGGGAUUGAUUUCGAGGCUGCCUUCGGUGGCGAUCGCGGGAAGAACGGCGCCGGAGGCGAAAGGGAGUUCGCUGGCCACCUCCACGGCGUGGUGCAAUGGUGAAGAUGGAUGUAUUCUCGACGGGAGUACACAAGUUAAUCUGCCUUCUGAUAAAUGCUGCUACUCUUCUUAAUCACCUACAGACUAAUACAGUCAUCAUGAUUCCCUUUUUACACGAAAAAUAUUGUACGAGCGGUUCCAGUUAUUAUCUUUUGUUACACUUUAAUGAAAUAUUCGAGCGCGAAUCAACCUGUGGUUGAGUUGGUU